AGCGAGUACGUCUCUGUCGAUCGGUAAUUAGUUACCUAGUUGAGGAAAGAUGAACAAGCUGUUGGAGUAUGGGAGAAAAGCUAUGUUCUAUGUGAGAGUUCUCUCUGGCUAUGAAGAGAGGAGAAUCCGGAAUUAUAGGUUGCAACUCGAAAAGCGUAUCCAGCAGGCUAACCAAAGGAAAGCAGAGAUAAACAGACUCCCAGAGCAGAUUGUAUUAUCUGAAGUCCGCCGUAUGGUUGAGGAGAUGCAGAAUUUGAAUAAGCAGAUUGAGAAUACGGAGGCUCAAAUUGAAGACUACUUCAAACCGAUAGACAAGCAUGCUAGUACCAUAAUGGAGAUUCAGCUCGAAGGAGAGAAGAAAACGAUGGGGACAAUGAUGAACGCAACACAACAGGAAGCUAUAAGAAAGAUUGAAGAAGCUGAGAGACUCGCUCGAGCACGUGGAAAUGCACAUGUGACCGCAGAGGCAAACACGGGAGAUAAGAUCCAAGAUUCGGAAUCCUCAGCCAACGAAAAAGCUCAAGCAAAAUGAAGAAGGAACUUGUCUUCAUGGCGACACAGAAUAGAUACAGAGUCUCUGAAUACAUCCAAGGUUUCAGAUUCUCUUAGUUGAUAAAGCUGAGAUUGUAGCCUCGCAUUUGCUGGGUUUUUAAUAAUUUGAAAUUUGGUCG